CAUACAGAUCAUGAAGCCACUAAUACCUCACAAGAUUCUGAAAGAAAUUUAGGUGUUUCUUCAGCAUCUAAUACUUGUCCAAAUACAACAAUUUUUUCGACUCCAGUCCAUCCAAACACUACAGUUUCGUCUCCUGUACAUCAAAAUACAAUGGGUUCACCUCCAGAACAUCAAAAUACAACAGUUUUGUCUCCAGCCCAUCCAAAUACAACAGUUUCGUCUCCAACUACUAUCUUGGAAACAAAUAUUUCAGUUAUAACCGAAACUGCUAUUAAUGCAUCUGAUACUCUACAAGAUAUUAUGUAA